AACGAGGUACCGCAGAUGUUUUGAAAUCAAGACCGACACCGUUCACAAAACGAGGCAGUCAGCUUUCGACUCCGUGUAAUCCACAGUUACCAGACUACGAAUACUAGCUCUCAGACCCAAAUCCGAUACAGACUCGCAGUAUAUACUUUGCAGGUCAACUUUCCAUGCUUACCUUCUCGAUGCUUAUGCCAGCAACCAUAGCUACGCAGCUCGAUCUCACGGAUAUUUCAGGGACUCACGCACUCCUGUCGAUCGAAGACUUGUUGAACUGGAAAGCGGUCUCUUACUCAAACGAUUAUCUUUCGAAACAAAAGCUUUACCAUUUCCGCUUACACAUCAGCUGGAUUCUCAGAGCAGUGACCAACUGUCCGCUGUACCCCAGAUUCUCACGUUCCCUGCAAAGAAGAUGUAACAAAUCUGUGAUCUCUGUCCCGAAUUCUCACUAUCUACAUUUACACCCUGGACCACGAGCAUUGCAUACCCCAAGCUUGUCUCCACUGGAACCAUCGUCUGAUCUCAGUUGCGUCCACGAGGUCGAUCGAUGGACUGCGUGCGUGCUCAAAGCCGAACGGUGGAAGAGGGAAUCAAACCCGAGCAGCCAUUCAUGAUCAUGUCCAGCUCGGCGUCAGGCUACGGUCAAGGAUGCGGAGUGAGUGAGAGAGUGAGCCUUAUCUCCAAAGACAGACGAAGAAAUGGCUCGCGGUGAGGAGGUAGGUCCGUCCUCGAUCGAGAUCGAGAGACGAGGAGCGAGGAGCGAGCAGGAGGCGAGAGGAAUUCGAGGACUCGGGGGAAUUUCGGAAGGCAUCGCACAACACGUGGCGAACAUGAGGAGCCGGUGGUUCACGAGACCUCCUCAUGAAGACGAAGGGUGAGUCAUCGCGCACCGGCCAAUGAGGCACUGCCGCUUGUCGCCCCCUCACCUGCAACUGCCUAUCUCAAGUUCCCAGUCCUUCAGAUUGCAACACGUCAUCCCCCGCCAAGUGUCCUCGCUGCACGUCGCGCGAGCUUCGCCGCGGUACAUAAGGCUCCGAAUCAGCACCUUCCUCUACCAAAUCAGCACUUCCAUCUCCAUCAGCACCAACAGCAGUAUCAGCAGCAGCAGCAGCAGCCUUCGCAAUCGCCAUCGCCAUCGACAUUGCUAUUGCCAUUUGCAUCAGUCAGUCCGUGGAAUUGCCUUAGUGUCGUCAGGGCGGCAGAUAGUAGAAAUCGAGAUCCCGUCCCGUAGAGCAGCGACAAUGCCUCAGUACCAGGCCUCGUCGGAGCAUGUGCAGGGCGCCAAGGAUGCGGCCCGCGACACGGCCGAGGACGCGAAGAGGUUCGGGCAGAACACGAAGGAGUCGCUGCGCGAGUCGUGGGACAGCUCGAAGCGAUGGGGGCAGGAGCAGACGAGCAGGGCCAAGGCCAACAUCGACGCCGGCAUCGAGAACCCGAAGCGGAACGUGAUCGUGGAUUUCGGGCACCCGCUCAUCAACCGCGUCUUCGACGGGUUCGUGAAGGUGGGCGGCGUGGGCGUGCUGCACGCCGCGUCGCAGGACACGUAUGGGUUUCUGCUGCAGGAGGAGACGACGAAGAAGAGCCUCGAGAGCAGCGUCCAGCGGCUCGGCAAGGAGGCCGUGCAGUGGGGACUGGUCGCCGGCGUUUACUCCGGGGUCACUUACGGUAUCCAGGAGGCCCGCGGCGUGCACGACUGGAAGAACGCGCUUCUGGGCGGUGUUCUGACCGGCGCCGCGCUCUCCCUCACCGAGGCUAACCCCGGCAGCGACCGGGUGCUCCGCGGCGCCAUCACCGGCGGCGCCAUUGCCACCGCCGCCGAGGUUCUGCGCAACAUCACCUGAACGGCGCACGAGCGUCCCUUUCCGGCCGCGCUGUAAAAUACUCGACGCCUUGUGCCCUUGUAAUAGAUUGCGUAGUUCUCUUGGUGACGCCGUCCGGCGGCGGGAAUUGUACAUGCUCAUCCCCAUCGCCAUCACCACUACCACCACUACAACCAUCGGUCAGCUAGUCGCUUCACGGCUCUGUAUUUGUUUAGAGAUGGCACUGCAGUAAAAUGCUCUCGGCACUCUCUCCACGAAACUGGAAUUUUUUUCAAUUGCGCGUCCUUCUGAAUUUUUUCUCUCUGAAUUCCUUUUUUUUUCUCAUAAUUGGUGCCUCUCUGGAGCGAUUGGUAUUUGCCCUUGAUCUGCCCAUCCUUCGUUACACGCUUAUGUUAUCUGAAUGUGCCUCGAGACUCCGUUCGGUCCAGUUUGUCCGUAGUAAAUCGUGUGUAGUCUCGAGACUGUCAACGAUUUUCGUUGAGUGGAUGUGGAGUCGAAGUGCGCUCAAUGUGUAUCGUAUUCACUUACUGCUUCCGAGGAGUCAGUCGUCACAUUUUUGCCGUAGAACAUUCAUUUGCAAUUGAUGAGGAUUUGGAGCGUAUGAUUUUGACAAACAGAUUGUUAUCAUGGAGGAAGAGGAGGUUGGUGUAAUGUAGUUACUGUAAAACUUGUCAGUGCA